UGGUGGAGGUCUGCAGGAGGAUCAGAUGAACAGGCAGGAAUUGACUCCUCACCGUCCUGAUGAAGUUACUGAACUCACUGUGCCUCAAGAGGCUGGAUCGAUGGAGUGGUCAGACAGGCAUGGAGGAGGCACUGAUGACCCUGGGGCCAGUAGACCAGUGCUGUUGGCCAACUCUGACAACAUGAGGUCACCUGUGCUACCCCAGCACUCCCUCCUGCUGGAGCUCAGCGGCAGUGACGCAGAAGGGAGAGUCAGAGAGGAAGAAGAACUUGUGGUGCUGGAUCCCGAGCAUCCUCUAAUGAAGAGAUUCCAGUCUGCAUUAAAAAAACACCUCAGUAAUCAUCUUCAGAGACUGAACCUUGAACUUUGUGAGAAGAUGGUAAUGGAGAAGACAGAGUCUCAGAAGCGUCAGCAACUUGCUGAAGAGGUGUACAUGGUGCAGGAGAUGUUGGCUAGACUUCAGGCAUCUCUGGAGGCCACUCAUGAGGCCAAUGCCCAGGCUGCUGCCCAACGGAGACGGGCCCAAGAUCAACUGGAUGGAGUGAAGAAUCAGUACCAAGCCACAGCCAGUCAGGCCAACAAACAACGUACACAAGUCUCUGAAUUACAGUCUCAGGUGGACAGCUUUGCCCUGAAUCUGCUCUACAUGCAGGAGGUCAACAUUGAUCUGCGCUCGGACAUCAAAGCCAUUAUAAACGCUUCACACAAGGCCCAGAGGGAGAGAACUCAGGCAGAGGAGCAUAAACACCAGCAGGAUCUUUAUGUGGAGCGCUUGACCAAGCAUGUGGAGAAGCUCUCAGAGCAGAUCUCUCUUUAUGAGGUUCAGAUCAUCGCUCAGACUGAGGAGACGAAGGCUGCAAAGGAUGGUCUUUCGGAGGCACAGCUGGAACUGGACUCUCUGUUUGUCGAGCGUAAACAGUUACUUCAGCAGUGGAACAGCAGCCUGUUGAUGAUGAGAAAGAGGGAUGAAGCUUACACUACCAUGCAGGAGGAACUAAGGUUGGCCAAUGAUCAUAUGCGCUCUCUGGACACAGAGAUUGAAGGCUAUAAAAAGUCCAUCACACUGGAGGAGGAGCAGAAUGAGCGUCUGACUCUGCGUCUGAACCGAGCCCAGACUGACUGCACCACUUCACGCAAACUCAUCACACAGUCCCAGAACCAUCAGGAGAUCCUGCAGGCUCAAUACAGCACAUACACCCGAAUGUUGCAGGAGACAGAGAAAACCCUCAGCACACUGCGUGGGGAGCAUGAGGCACGUCAGUCCGAGCUCAAGACUCUCAGGAAGAAAUUGGAGAGAGGGUCUGCAGUGCGUUUGGACUUAGAAGAUCAGAUCAUGAACAAACUGCGAGAGCAGCUUACCCACAAUAAUGCAGCAAAGUACUCACGUCGACUGACUGAUAAAAAUGCAGCACAAAGGAGAGAAAAGGAGGCACAGUUAACCAAGAUGGAGAAUGAGAUCAAUGGAAUAAUCCUGGAAGGCCAGGAGGUGGAGACAUGUCUGGACUCCCUGGCUGUGCUACACGCUGAACUUGAGCAAGAAUUGAGCCAACAAAACCUGCUGGUGUCUGCUCACGAAACAGAGAUCGCUAAACAAGUCAUAGAUAUUGAACAAAAGCAGGCCACUAUCAACAUCUACAACAAGAGGAUCAAGGAGAUUGUGUCCAUAACUGGGCAUGAAGAUCUGGGUCCUCUAGAGAUCCGUGCAGCCACUCUGUCCAAGGAGCUGGAGGAAGUUGGUGCUGAGAUUAAAGAGCAGCAGCAGUUGUGGUUGUGGCAACAGGGGGAGCUAGUGAGAUUCACCCAGGAAAAACAGGCCCACAACUCCUCUGUACAGACCCUCCGCACAGAACUCACAAUACUGCAACAGAGCAAGAUCAGAAGAGAGAGUGAGAUGGAGCAGGAUCAGCGUGAGCAGGCAGAUCUGGAUAAACAGACCAAGACUCUUAUGGCAGACAUGGUGAAACUGAACUCUCUGCUCAAUAAGAACAGUGAUCUGAAUCAAGCACUGCAGCAGAGCAACAGUCUGAUGGAGACAGAGUUCAGACAGAAACUCAAGGAGGCUGAGAGGGAAUUAGUUGAGACUCAGCUAAAGCUGGAGAGGGUAAAUGAAGAGAAAGAGAGACUCAUCAACAGCCUAGUGGAGGCAGAGCGUCAGAUCAUGCUGUGGGAGAAGAGAACCCAGUUGAUGAGAGAGACUCGCUCUGCCAUAGACUCAGAUAUUGGACAGGGAGACAUACGGACCAUGAGAGCAGAGAUUCACCGCAUGGAGGUUCAUUAUGCUCAACUGAUGAGGCGGCAAGAGCGGUUGUUGAGAGACAUGGAAUCAGUGGUUGCCAGGCGUGAGACUAUUGUUGUUUGGAGUGAGGCUCUGGCACGAUCUGACCAUAAGCAGCCCACAAACAACGACAUCCACAACACUCUCCAGAGCCUCCGCCGAAAGACUCUCCAAACUAAGAAGCAAGCAGAAGAGUGUGAUGGCAUCAUAGCUCAGCUGGAGGAAAGGCAGCGUACUUUGAGCUCCAGUCUCAGAGACAAACAGAUGCAUCUCAGUGACCUGCAGAGUUCAAGAGAUGUUCUCACCCAGGACCUCAGCGCACUACAGGAGACAAAAGAGAGAAAUUUGUCUUGUCUGGUCACCCUGCAGGGUCGGGCCAAACACCUGCAGGCUGUUAAGGAGGGACGAUACAGUCCUGUGGCAAGUGGAGACACAGCACUGCAGGUGGCUAAACAGAAACAAGAGGAGCGACUGAAAAUGGUCAGCUCUAUUCUUCAUCAUUUGACUCAAGAGCACCCUGAGCACCACAGCGCCCUCCACAGGAUUAACCUCACAAUGGCAGGACAUGUAGACCAUGGACUUCAGAACAGCCAGUGACCACAGAAAUAUUUAUACAUAAAAUACAAGACAUAUGUGUAUGUACAUAUAUGUUUGAAAGUAGUAGGACUCUUAAUCAGUAUAAGGUAUGAUUGAUUACAUGAAAAAUUAAGAGAGGGUGGGAGAGAGUCUCGAAGGCCCUGUGUGCAUUUGUGAAGAGGUGAGUCGACAUUCAAGCAAUCUGCUGAGCAGGUAACAGCCAGGAACUUUUUAUACACAAUCUGUUAAGCUACAGCAUGAAAGACCAUUUAGAUUGCAAUGUUCCUGUAUCAGUAUAAACACAGUUGCAGCCAUAUUUGCUUUAAACAGCUUUGUGAUGGAGUAUCCUAAAUAAAAUCUCUUUUAAACAAUUUCAUCACCAAGGUUUUCUGUAUCCUACAUUUUUACAAGGAAGUUGGAAGAUUUUUUCCAGUGAUGUUGGAGUGUAGAGUAGACUAAUUUAACACAUAAAUGUUGCACAGAAUUUAUUUACCGUUCUAGAAGUGUCUGGUUUCAGGCUUGCACCCUGCCCUUUAGUCAGACCUGGGCAGUGACUGCCUAACUCAUUCAUACAGGCUUU